AUGAGGAGUAGCUUCUGCGAGCAAUCAGGAAUAGACAGUGAGGAGGCAAUUCAUCAGACCGCCCAGAUUCAGGCCCUUGAUCUCACCACCUCGGCUCGCACUAUCUACCUUCCCCCCCCCUCUCCCCUCCUCCCCCCCCCUCCCCCGCGCCCACACCUUCCCCCCCACGUUUCGCCGUCCCCCUUUUCCCCUUUCCCAUUCCUCCCGCCAUGCGCUCCCGCCUUCCCCUUUCCCCGCCCUCCCUCCGCAUCCGUCCCUCCGCCUGCCUCUCCCCGUCCGGCGGGAGGCGCAUGGCAGCAGCGCCGACCUCUGCCGUUUGAGGCGGCUUCAGAGGGGUUCCUGGCAGCAGCGUUGACCCCUGCCCCGGUGCCAACCAGGUUAGCUGCCCCUUCCGCCCGCCCUAUGCCCCUUCCGCCCGCCCUAUGCCCCUUCCGCCCGCCCCACUCCCACCGCUCGCCCCACGCCCUUACCUCCAGCCCUACGCGUCUCGCCUUUUGCUGCCGCGCUCUCCACUCGCCUUUUGCUGCCGCACUCUCCACUCGCCUCCCCUCCCUACCUUGUCCCAGCAAGGCGGGAUGCUUCAGCCGGGGCGACUACUGCGACGGGGUGAAGAACUGCGCAGACGGCAGCGACGAGUGGCCGUGGAUAUGCAGCUUCGACAUGGACUGUGGCGCACUCAACGCCACGCACGUCCUCUGCCCGGACUCCCCCAGCGUCUGCAUCCUUCCCGGGCAGUACUGCGACGGAAAAACUGACUGCCCGGACGCGCUUGACGAAAACCCCGGCUUCUGCGCGAAUUUUACCUGCCCGAGAAACAGCCUCCGCUGCCCGGGGCUGAGCACGUGCAAGCCGGGAGGAGCGCUGUGUAACGCCGUCCCCGACUGCCCGGGAAAACUUGCUGGGAGUGUGGCUGUGGAUGAAGAUCCGGCCUUCUGCCGGGGAUAUACUUGCCCGAAGGGGUCCUCUAAGUGCAGUGAUAACCUGCAGUGUGUGGAUGAUGUGUUGCGGUGCAAUGGAGUGAAGGAAUGCAAGGAUGGGAGUGACGAGGUGGGGUGUGACAAGUGGAACUGCACCAAGGGGUUCCGCAAGUGCAAGGACCAGCUGCAGUGCGUGUCCAAGCUCAACUGGUGCAACAAAGUUGCCGACUGCAAAGAUGGCUCUGAUGAGGCAACCUGCGUUCCCCUCAGCACCCCAGACGGCACCGGCAGCGGCACUUUUGGCCCUGGCAGUGGCGGUAGUGGUGCCGGCAAACCAGGGACCGGCGGCACUGGCAGUGGCGGCAGUGGUGCCGGUAAGCCAGGAGGGGGCACUGGCACUGGCACUGGCAGUGGUGCUGGUAAGCCGGGGGGCACUGGCAGUGGCGGCAGUGGUAGUGGUGCUGGCAAACCAGGCGGGGGAAGUGGGAGUGGCAGUGGGAGUGGCAGCGGUGCUGGCAAGCCAGGGGGAGGAAGCGGCAGUGGGGGAAGCGGCAGUGGUGCCGGCAAACCAGGGGGCGGUGGGGGCAGUGGCAGUGGUGGCAGUGGCGCCGGCAAGCCAGGGGGUGGCAGUGGCGGGGGGGGCAGUGGUAGUGGUGCCGGCAAACCAGGGGGCGGCAGUAGCAGUGGGGGCAACAAAGGUGGUGGCACUGGCAGCUCGGGAGGCAAGACCAGCGGAUCCGGCUCCUCGGGAGGUUCCUCUGGGGGUUCUGUGAAAAAACCCUCUCCACCCAAGUCAACCCCUCCUAAAACAUCCCCUAAGCCACCUGCCAAAUCCCCCCCAAAACCGCCCCCUAAGACCUCUCCCAAGCCCCCGACUAAGCCGGGCACCAAGCCCCCUGCUAAGAACCCUCCCCGCACGCAGGGUCCCUCGACUGGAGGGUCGUCGUCGGACUCUGGUACUCGUAAGAAUGUUGCACCCAAGUAUCCCGAUGCAAAGAAUGACGGCAAGAGGAGCAUUACCAUCACCAUUCGACUAUGA